AAUGGUUAAACUAUUUCAGAACAAUAUGUGAAGAUUAAAACUGUUUUAAUAUGAGAUUUUUCAUCCCUCGCCAUACUUUUCCUUUUCCCAAACGACUUCUCCUUCAAACUGUUUUCCUGGAGAAAAAAGAUGUUUACAUUCUUCUUCUUCAAAGGGAUGUACGAUUCUACAGUAGCUCAUCAGUUCAUUCAAGAUUUGACACGACAAAACCCUUCGCCUUCUAUGAAAUCCUGGAAAUACCACGCUCAGCUAAACAGUCUGAUGUCAAGAAAGCAUAUUUUAGAAUGGUCAAGAUCUAUCACCCCGACGUGAACCAGGAUGAAAAUGCGCGUGCAAAUUUUGACAAAAUCACGGAAGCCUACACCACGCUGAUCGACCUGACCCAACGGUAUUUCUAUGAUCGACAUGGGCACACGUCUGAAGAGUUAAAAAAGCGUGGAACUCCAAGUAUUUUCGACUGGACGCCAAAAUAUGGAAUAUACAACGAACAAACAACUGCUGAUGGAGAAAGCAGUGAAUUGGAGGACUGGUUUAAGGCCCAGGGACAUAUGGGACAGGACAAGAAGAUCACAUUGAGACAGCGUAUUAAGAAUAUGUAUGUCGAACUGCGUUACGGACUGGGUUAUUAUGAUUUCCCUUGGGAACUCCGCUGGUUUGCAUUAGCCUUGAUGGGCUGGGCCUUAGGCCUAUAUCUCUUCUACAGGGGCUUCUGUUUUGGUAUUCACAACGUAGAAAACAGACGACCUAUACCGACCUACCUGAAAUGGGAGAAUGAUGAGAUUUACGAUAUUCUGUGGUACUCUGGGGUCAGGAAGAAUAGACCGUCAGAACAAUCAAAGGGAGGGCUGUAUCACAUGCCUAAGGUUGAGCGUAAGAAAUCUGAAUUUUCCCACACCCUGUACUCCAACACUAGAGCAGGAGCCAAGUCCAGGAACUUGGUUCGUCACAAGAGGCUCCAGGAGCAGCUAAAGAAGGCCAGGGAGGAGUCCUGGUCCGAGGAGCAGAAAAGAGCCGCGGAGAAAAAUACUAAAUUCAAACAGAAAAGAAAACAGAAAAAGCUUAAUGACGGCUUCUCAGUUUAAAGUUUAUGUAUA